AUGUCUACGGCCUUCCUCGUGGACAGUCUUCUGCACGCACAGCAGACCUACACGGAAAGCCAGCUGAAGUCCAGCCUGAGCGAGAUGCUCCUGUCGCGUCGGUCGGCCACGGGCACGGGAACGGAUGCCGCGGAUCCGGCGGACCAGUCCACCGAGUCCUGUGGCUGCUCCAAGUUGCGCGGCUACAAAUGUGACAAGUGCCGCGAAAUCCGUGCCGAGAGUGUGGACAGCAUCGAGGAGAUGGACGAAGACGAUGGUUCCUCCUCGGUGGACGAGAUAGUCGCCGAUAUUGGGAGUGUCGAGGGCGAGGAGCCACACAUGGACCUCGACGAGGAGCUGGAGGAGGAGCUGGCCGACGUGGACGAGCCCGUGUCAAUCAAAUUGCCCAAGGUGGAGCCCAAGGAGCCCAGCAUGCCGACCGUCGGCAACACCAUCCUCAAGGAUACCAACAGCAAGCCCAUUCUCAAGUUCAGUGUCAGCGCGAUCCUUGGCGACACCCGGGAAGGAGUCCGGGUCAGAAAUGAGUUCAUGCAACCGCAGCAUAUAUGGCCUUAUCUGCAGCAAAACUUCAUGCAGCAGCACUCGCAUCAAUAUCAGCAACACCAUCAGCAGCAGCAUCCGCAUCCCCACCCGCAACACCAGCCGCUGGCAGUGCCAGGACAUCAGCAUCCGCAUCACCAUCAUCAUCACCAUCCGGGGGCGGGGCACGCCCACUUUCCGCAUCCCGCAUUUCUAACGCAUCAACUGCCGCCGCAUCAGCAUCACCAGCAGCAGCAGCAUGCACAGCAGCAACAUCCCGGCAAUAGUUGUCAACCGCAAACCGCAUCCUCGUCGUCGUCACCUGGCAGCACAAUUAGUGAUAGCGACAACAAUCACGGCGCAUCGAGUGCCAAUGGCAGUGGCAGCGGCACUGGCAAUUCUGGCCAGGAUGGUCGACCGCACGAGCUGCCGAAUACCAAUCCCGACGAGGACAGCAGCGUCAGUCGAAGAUUAACGCAAGACAGGCAGCAGCAGCAACAACAGUUGCUGGGCGCAGGAGGAGCAGGAGGAGGUGGUGGUGGUGGUGGUGUUGUCCAUGGCCAUGGACACCCGACGCCGCCGCCACCGCCUCCUCCGCCGGUGAUUGCCAAGCCCAUGCCCAGCCGCCCCACGCCCUUCCUGCCGCACACCCUCAACCACCCGCACCUCCACUCGCUGCUGGCGCACUGUCGCAAUCCCUACAUGAGUGUUGGCGCCCAAGUGUUCCCCCUGCCUCCUGGCCAGGGAUUCCCCUGGGCCCACUCGACGCGUGGCAAGCCCCGCCGUGGGAUGAUGCGGCGUGCCGUCUUCUCAGAUUCCCAGAGGAAGGGUCUGGAGAAGCGGUUCCAGCAGCAGAAGUACAUCAGCAAGCCGGAUCGCAAGAAGCUGGCCGAGAGACUGGGACUGAAGGAUUCUCAGGUGAAAAUUUGGUUUCAAAACCGGCGCAUGAAGUGGCGGAACUCCAAGGAGCGGGAGCUCCUGGCCAGCGGCGGUUCCCGCGACCAGACGCUGCCCAACAAGAACAACCCGAAUCCUGACUUGAGCGAUGCCAAGUGCGAUCGACCACUGACGCCCCUCUCGCCCUCACUGCUCUCGCCCAAUGGCAGUGCCACGCCGCCACCGCCGGGAGCGGUGGCCAAAGAUGAACCGCCGACGGCAGCUGUCACGCCCAAGUCCCCGCAAUCCGUCAGCAGCAGGAGCUCCCCCUCCGUGGGCUACGGCCUCCAGAUCAGCUCGCCGCCUCCGCUCCUCACCAGCCUCAAAAUGGGCGAUCAAUCGGCGACGGCCACGCCCACUCCGCUGCCGGGCACAACCGUUUCAUCCGCCGCCUCCUCGCCGCCCGGUGUGACUGCCUCCGAGUUCCAGGCCAAGAUAAAUGCCGAGAUGCAGAAGCAGCUGGUGGCCGCCGAUCUGAAGUUCAAGCUGGAGAACAGUAUCCAGGAGGCCAAGCAGCGCCGGUUCGAGCAACUGCAGCAGCAGCUGCACCACUCCCCGCAUUUCAGUGCCAUGCGAGAGGUGGAGCUGGCCGCCGCCGCCGCGGCUGCGCAGCUGCAUCAUCAUCACCAGCAGCAGCAGCAACAACAGCAACAGCAGCAGCACACGCAGCAGCAGCAUGCGCAGCAGCAGCACCAAGGUGGCUCCGAGUUCAUGAAGCUCUACUACGAUGACUACGACGACUCCAACUCGGACAGUGACGAGGAGAUCAGCGUGACGUGAUUUGCGACUGGAGGCGAAGAUGGAGCUGCAACGGGCCGUGUACAUAUAUGUUUUAAUUGUAAAUUUAUUGAUGCAUUCAACUUAUUGUAUUUAAUAUGUGUAUGAUAUUUUUUCGAAUUUAAAUUCCAAAACGAAAUAAACUCCUUUGAAAAUCA